GGGAUCUUGAUUAGGGGAAUGCCGAACAAUACGUCACACAGAGAGGGGUAUCGACUUGAACACGAAGUGCCCAUGUGAAGGCCAUCAAUCAUCCUUUUUCUCCCUCUCCAAACCAGUCCUGCAGCGAUGUCAUUCCCAGCACCCGCAAUCUAUCCAAGCCUCCGAGACAAAACGGUGGUGAUUUCAGGCGGCGCGAGCGGGAUCGGAGCCGCAACAGUAAUACUUUUCGCUCUGCAGGGGAGCCAGGUGAUCUUCCUCGAUAUUUGCAAGCAGGAGGCAGCGAAGGCGAUCGAACAUGUCAUCUCGCACGCCAGCGACGGCGAGCAGCACCACUACCCCCCUGUGAAACGGCCCAUCUUCUACCACUGCGACCUCACCGACCUCGCCGCCCUCCAGAGCACAGCAGCACGCAUCCUCGACGAGCACGGGCCCGUCCACGUCCUCGUCAACAACGCGGCCGCGACCGGUAGCAGCGCGCGCUUGCCCACCGAGGCUGUCACCCCGAGCGACUGGGACUUUGGCGUCAACGUGAACCUGCGCCAUGUAUUCUUCCUCUCGCAGGCGUUUAUCCCCGCGAUGAAAAGUGCCGGCGGAGGGAGUAUCGUGAAUCUGGGCUCCAUCUCCUGGCGGAUCCCAGCGGCGGAUGGCCAGGCCGUGUACGCGGCGUGCAAGGCGGCGAUUAUGGGGCUGACACGCGUGCAGAGCAAGGAGGUUGGGGGCGCGAAUAUCCGCAUCAAUAGUGUGAUGCCGGGUGCGAUUGCGACGCAGAGGCAGAGGGAGGAGGUCCUCACGCCCGAGUAUCGCGCCGAGGUGUUUGCGGCGCAGAGUCUGAAGAGGGAUCUGGUGCCUGAGGAUGUGGCCAAGGUUAUUGUGUUUCUGGGGAGUGACGAGGCGAGUGGGGUCACGGGGAGUACGUAUGUUGUUGAUGGGGGGUGGGUUAGUGAUCCGUGAUGGUUGUCGGGAGCAGACAUUGGGCACGGAAGGUGGUGACAGGUAUGAAUCAUGAAGAAGACAGCAUAGCAGCCAUGUGGGUUUCAAAUGAAAGAAAAUCAAUCUGGACAGACAUCGAACUAAACCUCCUCACCAGGGUAAAACCAUCGCCAUCCCCGCGAGAAUAGAAACAGCCAUCACACCACCAAGCCCCAUAAUCUGCCCCCAUGAACCUUCACCCGUAGGAUACCUCAUCGACCGCGCCGCAUUCCCGGUCUCAGUCUCGGUAGGUUCAUCAGACCCAGACGUAGACGUCGAUCCAGCACCAGAAGUAGAAUAACCACUCCCAUUCGGCUGUACAAAGUAAAUCGGGGCCGCCUGCGA